AGUUUAUAUACAGUGAUUAUAAACAAAUACCAUGAAGGCCUCUAUUCUCAUUUUUGUUACUUUGGGCGUAGCCAGCUUUUCCCAAGCAUUUUUGGCUCGUCACGAAUCAGAUUGCGCCAGACGAGGAACAUCAGGACUAAUAUGCUCUGAUGACUGCAAUUCCAUGGCUUUAUGUAUCAAGGAAGAGAAUUCCUGGACAAGAGUUGAAGUUGAAAGUUGCAGUGGCGACAAAAAAUGUAAUAUCUUUAAGAAUGAAUGCUCUUCCGAACCUGGCCCAUGCAAAUCUCCUGGUCAGAUGUACUGCACAAAAGAAGGCACAUUUCCAGACCCGUAUGAUUGCCAAAGAUAUUAUUUUUGUACGGAAAAAGGUGCACAGGGUAUAUUAAAAGAAUGUGGAGGCGACAAAGCUUUUAACAUUGCGGAUGGUUCCUGUACUGCGAAAGUUGGGGAACUUGGGGCAUGUAAAAAAAUUGAAGCUGAUUGUGAAACCCAAACUGCUGGAUUCAGCGCUCCUUUCACACAGAAUAAAAAAUUCUAUUAUAUAUGCAAGGCAAAAACAGAAAAUGAUAAAAGGAUACUUUUUCCAGAAGUAUACAAGUGCGAAGAUGGCUUGGAAUAUACUGCUGAAGAAGGUUGCAAGAAGAAUUGAUUUGAAUAAUUCAUAUAUAUUUUAUUACAUUUAAAUAUAUCCACAUAUGUAUUCGAUUAAUCAAAUU